GCCUUUGGUGUCAAAGUGUCAGUCGUUUCCAUUGAGGCAGACCUUUAUGUGGUGUUAUGAUACGGUUUAUUCAAGCCAGGCGGUCGCGUGUAUCACGUAUUACUUUAAUACGUUUCGUCCGACAGAAAUAUCAGAAGGAACUUUCUCAAGGGAUAACUGAUGUCAGUUGAAAUCUGUCAAGUUAUUCGUAUGCCAAUCGGCGCGCCUUUUUAACUAAUUGUGCACAGUAAUCCGUUUACUGUCGUUUUCUAGUUGGUUGCUACACUUUUGAAACGUUUUAGGUUCAAGGACGCUAUUGUGGUCAGAGCAGUAAGCAAAAGACGUGUGCGACAUUAUCCACUAGCAUUUAAGCAAGGAUUGUAUAAUAAUUAAAUUACAUAUCAGAUAUUUGACGUAUUUACAGACACAAAAAAUGCAUGAUUACGUCAUAAUCACGCUUUACGCUUGAUUGAUUUUUAAUUUGGUAAUUUACUAACGAUUGGGGACUAAAUUUUAACACGGAAGUCUAAUACCUUAUGUAUUUGACUAGAUUCGAAAUCUACUGUUGUAUUACUUCAAGUUUCUAAUUUUCUAAUAUUUGUAGCGUAUAUUGCACCGAAAGGAUUUUGUAUUUUUAUGUUUGUACGAAAAUCACAUAAUCAUGUCAACCCAACUUUUCAUCACUGUGAGAUAUGGAGAAAAUAAAGAAGAACUUUUUAACCCACAUUGCAAAAGUUUGCUUUUACUAGAAUGUAUACGCGAAAAGUGCAGAUGCGGCGACGAAGCAAUCCUGGACUUGGUCGACGAAGCUGGGAAUGUAUCUAAUAUUUCCGACAAAGAAAAUUUGACAGAGUACGCGAGUCAGUAUCUGGAAGGAAGGCGGAAAUAUGUUCUAAUCAAGGUUAUAAGGUCCACCAACGUAGAUACUGAACCUCAUAAAUACGAAUCCCUUUUAUUGAACCUGGAGAAGCAUUACCCCGAACUCGCGGAACGUUUGGACAGAUUGUCAAGGCCUGCUGAAGUCAUUCCUAAGGGGAAAAAUUGGCAAGGAUCUAAAAAACGAUCGAGUCAAGUCAGCAAGACAAAGUCUCCUAAGCGGAAUUCGCUAGCUCGCAUUUUGUAGUACAUAGAAAAUUGCCCCACUAAUCUAACUUGUAUGAACCUGUUUAUAUUUAAAGCAAAGCACUUAAAAGUUGAAGCA